AAACGAAUUCGAAUGCGAUCGUAUUGGUAGUGGUGGUUUACGGCCGUCGACGGUGGAUUGCCGGUGGUUCUGCUGCCUCUGUGACUCUGUUUUUCUGCUUCCGAAGCGCAGCGGUUGCGCGAGGAUCGAAUCGAAUCGAAUUGAUUGAUUCAAACAAAAAAAAAAAUCGAAAAGCGAACGGAAAGGAUGGCGUGCAGGCGUAGACACGGGAUCACGAGGUCAGCCACAUUCAAGGAAGAGAUUUACCGGCCAUCACCUAUGGACGAUGACGACGGCGACGGCGAGUCGUUCUCCUCCGCGUCGCAGUCGCUGGCCGCUCAGGCCAUUAGAGCCUCCAAUCAGGGAGGUCCUACCUAUGACUAUACAUCGAUGAAGAGUACAAAUGAAGCAGGCGGUUUUUGGGGUGUUCUAGCUAGGAAAGCUAAAGCGAUUCUAGAUGAUGAUAACAUGUCCAGGCACUUUGAAGCUCCAACCGUCAGUCCUCCGAAAGCCAGCCAGACUUCCCAAUACCAUGAUCACCAUCAGCCAUUUCAACCCUCUGAUGGUAGAAAAAUGGAGAAUCCUGCAAUUCGUAAGGGUUUGGAUGCACUCGCAUCUUCACUUAACCAAUUUGGUGGUAGCCUUGGAACUGCUUUUGAGGAGGGACGUCAUAUUUUUGAGAACAAGACUGCAGACAUAAUUCAAGAAACACAAAAAAUGCAGAUCAGGAGAAAGGGGUCCAAUCUCGAUGAGGAAAAUCAGGUCUAUGGUGUACGUAGCCAGUUGCAGCAAGUUUCAGCACACCCAACUCAUCACAUGCAGAUACAAACUAAUACAGAAGAUCAACUCAAGGCAUCUCGCGACGUGGCAAUGGCAACAGCAGCCAAAGCUAAACUUCUUGUGAGAGAACUGAAAACUGUUAAAGCAGAUCUGACAUUUGCAAAACAACGGUGCUCCCAAUUGGAAGAUGAAAAUAGGAUCCUUCGAGAGGCUCGUGAAAAGGGAGGCAACCCUGCAGAUGAUGACAUGAUACGCCUUCAACUUGAAACCUUGCUAGCUGAGAAGGCUCGGUUAGCAAACGAGAAUGCUGUGUAUGCUCGGGAGAAUCACUUCUUGAGAGAAAUUGUUGAAUACCACCAACUCACAAUGCAAGAUGUUGUGUAUUUGGAUGAAGGCAUUGAAGAGGUGACAGAAGUUUACCCCAUUCCAGGAGUCUCGAGGGGGCUGUCUAGUUCCCCGCCAUCGCCUGCAUCCCCACGGUCACUACCUGAUACUUCAUCACUAUCGACAGCCUUCUCUGUGACCAAGUACCCAAUAAGGAGAAGCUCUUCUGUGUCCAAGUUUCCGGUUCCACUUUCACCGCAAGUAGUAACAGAUGUUCCCAAGCUUGAAGCCCCACCAAUUUUCAAAGCCGAAGCUUCCAAGAAAAAAUAACUAACUUAUACCCUCUCCCUUUUUAUUUGUU